AUGUUUGCACGCCGUUUUGUAUGUUCCGCCUGUAGGGCAACUCUCGAAAAACCAAUCUUCUCACAGUGUGAGCAUACACUUCCCUCUUCACUACAUUCUCGCAUCUCUCCACAUUGGCGGAAAAAGUUUUUCUCGUCUACAAAUGACCAUCAGCCAUCGGAGACGGAGUCAGUUUGGGAGGAGCUUGGCGUACGAGAGCCCAGAAAACAAAAACGAAAGCCAUCCAGGUUGCCCGCCGAUAAAAUAUUGUUACGGCGUGUGGCCGUUGAAGCACAGCGAUCGAAAGAAGGGAUGCGACAGAUGACUCAGGCGCCGGAAGAAGACCCAUCAAAGUUAAAGACGGUGACUGCCUACGCGGUUGCUGAAACAUUUGAUCUCGCGAAAGCCACACAAAUACUUCUUGCUAAAGGAUAUAAGCCGGACCCGUUUAAAACAGACUUAUAUCCUCAGGUUGUCCACGUACAGGUACCCCUAGACUCACUUCGCAAAACUACCAACCUGUCCGUCUCUGAUCUCCCGGCUGAUGAAGUCGGCGAUAUUUUUAUAUUCCCUUCCGGCACAUUUGUUGCAUGGGGCCUUCCUGAUAGCUUUACCUCAUAUCUGGCCACAUCUGUACUGCUGCCAGCUGCAGAAAAUCCACACGUUGAUUCGAUGGAGACUGAAGACCUUGACUAUAUUGAAGAUCCCCUGAAGGAGAGCAGCUAUAUCAAGGGCGAUACUAUAACUAUAGGCACAAAAAUGAGCCCAGAUAGCCACGAUUUGCGAAAUAAUGAUAAGGAAGACAUGGCUAAAGUUUCAACUAAGAUUGCCUUUUCGUCCGGACUAGCCCGGAGCACCAAAUUAGCCGUUCUCGAAACAUUGCUUUCAAAUUAUUUUGAGUCAACCCGCAACAUCCCAACGCUUCUUUCUAGAGGCACUCGCCUCCCGUUUACUCGACGCUUCGUCCUGCAAAAGACAGGACAGCUCCUUAGCGUCAGAGCCCAACUGAAUCUCUAUUCAGAGCUUACAGACUCCCUCCCCGAUCUUUUCUGGGAUAGUCGCCACGAACUUGGCCUGGAAGGCUACUAUGACCAGGUUGGAAAGGCACUGGAUGUAGGGAUUCGUAUCAAGGUGCUUAAUGAAAAGAUGGAUUAUGCCCAGGAGAUUGCUAGUGUCCUUCGUGAACGGUUAAGCGAAACUCACGGACUAAGACUUGAGUGGAUUAUCAUCGUGCUUAUUGCAGUCGAAGUGGGAUUUGAAGUCCUGAGAUUGUGGAAGGAGAAGAAGCAGCAAGAGCAAGAAACUAAAGGCGCUACAAAACUCCCUGUCGAGUGA